AUGCAGCAGCAUAAGCAUCCGGAGCCGAAGAGGAGCAAAUCGAGGGAUGACUAUGGUGGAAGCGGAGAGGUGCCGGAGGAGUCACCGGAAAUGAAGAAUCAGCGUAUGCGGCGGGAAUUAAUGGCCUCCGCGGCUGAGAAGCGGAUGGAAGCAGCUAAAAAUGCCGCAGCAACAGUGUCCGCUCCAAAGAGUGCAGAGAGUAUGAAGGAAGUGAAAAUUAGUGGUUCUGGAAUAGAGGGUAAAAGUAAAAGUCUCAGUUUGGAGACAUGCCAGGAGAAAAAUGGAAAUUCGGGCGCAGAGUUAUCCACAGCAGAUGCUCACCAGCUUUUUUCUAUGAUUUUUGGGAAUGAAGUCAGCAGAAAUGUACUUGCACAGUGGAGUAAUCAGGGCAUUAGGUUUAGUCCUGAUUCAGAAACAUCUAUGGGGCUAGUGCAGCAUGAAGGUGGUCCGUGCGGAGUAUUAGCAGCUAUACAAGCUUUUGUAUUCAAAUAUCUUCUAUUUUGUCGAGAGGAAUCAGACAUUGUUGCACCAAACACGUCAACAAAUUUGGGUGUUGUAUCCAACAGUGAAUCAAUGGGUGCUGAUAUUUUUUCUUCCCUUUCGGAAGACUAUAAAUCAAGAGCCUUGGUGAGGAGUAUGAAUGAGAUGCUCUUUCUGUGUGGAAACAAUGAAACAGCUGUAAUAGCAUCGAUGGAUGUUCUUGAUGGUCAUGCAGAGGAGUCCAUGGAUGGGUUGAAGGAUGAGGUCAUUGAAAAAAUUCUUGAAGGUGUUUCUUUUGAAUCUGGGUUCGACUUGCAGAAGGUUUUGAAAGUUAGCACGUUCAUUUCAAAGGCGAGUGCGCUUUAUAAGCUAAAAGCGAUGCUUCCUGUUUUCCGAAGUCGUCUGGGAGCGUUGCUUUUUCUGAUAUCUGCAUUACUGUCACGGGGACUGGACAAUGUUCAAUCUGACAGGGAUGAUCCCAGUCUACCAUUGGUAACUGCUCCAUUGGGGCAUGCUUCACAGGAAAUCGUAAACCUACUGCUUUCUGGGAGUGCUGUUGCCAAUGUGUUUGACGGGAAGAUGGAUUUCGGUGGUGGCAUGUUUGUGAAGGGCAUAUCGACAACCGUGGAAGUUGGAUUUCUCACUUUGCUUGAGUCUCUCAAUUAUUGCAAGGUUGGGCAGUAUCUAAAAUGCCCAAGGUGGCCAAUAUGGGUUGUUGGAAGUGAAUCUCAUUAUACAGUCUUAUUUGCUCUUGAUACCAAAGUUCAGGAGGAGAACCAACUUGAAAGUAGAGAAGCACAGAUUCGAAGAGCUUUUGAUGCCCAGGAUCAAAGUGGAGGUGGCGGGUUCAUUAGUGUGGAAGGCUUCCAUCAAGUCCUUAAGGAAACGAGCAUUGACCUUCCUUCUGAGAAGCUUGAGCAUCUUUGCAGCACGGGGUUUAUCGUAUGGAGUGAAUUUUGGCAGGUUCUUCUGGAUUUAGACAAGAAUUUAGGAGGCCUAAAGAAUUUGACUGGAUUAAUGGGAAAGAAGGUGUUUGAUCUUUACCACUUCAACGGUAUUGCAAAAUCAGUUGCUAAUGGUAGCCAGGCUACAUCUGGACGUGAAAACCCGAUACGAAGACCUCGGCUGACGAAGUUGAGGGUUUCAGUUCCCCCCAAGUGGACACCUGAGGAAUUCAUGGCAAAUGUAUCGGUUCCAUCUGGCUCAGGUAAAAAUGAAUCUGAUGAAGAAGAGAACUCAGUCGAAGUAUCUAAACCAGAGCCUGCUCAACAUGCACCUUUGGUUGAUUGCAUUAGAACACGCUGGCCACGUGCAACUUGCAAUUGGGAAGGGGAUGCACCUAGUAUCGUUUGA